AUGCUAAUCACGUUUAGUCGGCUACUUCAUCCAUUGCGGUCGCCAAGAUUGAUUGCGACACGAAUACUUAGUUCAUUUGGAAAAAAGCCCCGGAUUCCGCCUAGAAAGACGAAGGCUGUUACCAAAGAUCGUGCCUCACUUCUGUCGAAUCCACCAAUCGCGCCUUCCACCAGCCAGCUUCUAGAAGACUUCCUUACUCCACCAGGACGAUCAAAAUCCCAAGAAAAUGCUGAAGAUAAAAAGGACUAUCUAGAGAAAAGUGCCCGUCCUCGCAUUACCAGAAAAAAACCACUCAACGAUGAUACAACACCUGCGCCAAGGGACAUAAGUCAGGCGCAAAGCCAAGAUGUUAUUAAGUCUGUAGACCUCCUGCGCGACUUCCUAAACGCGGAAGUGCAGCCACCGAAACGAUCCGCCCGAGCACACGCCCGGACUAUUCAUGGUCCUUCCCGAGUUCGCCGCACGGAGAUGCUCCCACCCCCUGCAAAGCUGGAUUUGUUCGACCAAGAAACAUUUAGCAACUUAUCUUCUGAAGAACCGUCGUACAGAAACGAGGUUUUUUGCCAAAUCGACUCAUUAGAAGCCUCAACCAACCGAGCAAGAUCGACACUUAGUAAGUUUGAGGAGCUUACUCAAUGGACCUUGGACGGAAGGCUUUGGCGGUAUCCCAUUGAUAAUGAACAAGACUGGUUUGAGGAGCUAAACACUCCUUUCAAUGAGCACGUAUUCCUGAACCGGUUCGUCAGCAAAACUGUGGGAUCAAAGGGUCCUGGUCCUUUAAGGGCAUUCAUGGAAUUGGUGUGCACUGGCCUGGCUCAAAACCCUUACAUUGGCGCCCAGCAAAAAAAAGACCAUAUCGCUUGGUUUGAGAGCUAUUUCAACGAUAAAAUCAAGCACAUUGCGGCAGCUGUAGAAGAGGAGAGGCAAAUGGUGGAAGCCGAAUCAGGCGCCUCAAAAACGAAGCUGUAA